GGCUGUAGCUCCAGCCGAAGGUUGACAAGGGUAUAAAUACUGUCCUUUGCCUUGCGCACGGGUCAUCUCUCUCCAACGUGUUAGAGUUGCAUUUACAGAAGUUACAGAGCUACUACUGUGCCAGCCACCCGUUGGCACUGCCAUAAAUCUUGCCCUCGUUGUACACAAGCCCAUCUGCACAAACACGGUCGGCCAGAGCAGCGACACACGCUCAAGCAUGAAGCUGAAGCUCCCCAACCCGGGCCUGGACGAGCGGAUCCUGACCCAUGAGCAGCUGGACAGGCUGGAGGUGGAGGAGGCCGGGGACAGGCCCAAAUGGGACAACAAGGCCCAGUACAUGCUGACCUGCGUGGGCUUCUGCGUGGGCCUGGGCAACGUCUGGCGCUUCCCCUACCUCUGCCAGAGCCAUGGAGGAGGGGCCUUUAUGAUUCCCUUCCUGAUCCUGCUGGUCUUUGAGGGCGUCCCUCUACUGCACCUGGAGUUCGCCAUUGGCCAGCGUCUAAGAAAAGGCAGCUUGGGGGUCUGGAGGACAAUUAACCCCUACAUGCUUGGAGUCGGCUUGGCUUCCAUGGGUGUGUCUCUCCUGAUCAGUCUGUACUACAACAUGAUCAUUGCCUGGGUCAUGUGGUACUUCUUCAACUCGUUUCAGGAGCCACUGCCAUGGAGUCAGUGUCCUAUGAAUGCCAACGGGACGGGCCUGGAGUCUGAGUGUGUGAGGAGCUCGCCGGUGGACUACUUCUGGUAUCGGCAGACACUCAACACCACCGAUGUGAUCGACGACACGGGGGGCCUGCAGUGGUGGAUGGUGUUGUGUCUGAUCAGCGCCUGGGGCGUGCUCUACAUCUGCUGCAUCCGCGGCAUUGAAACCACGGGGAAGGCGGUGUACGUCACCUCCACGCUCCCUUAUUUGGUGCUCACCAUCUUCCUGAUCCGAGGGCUCACUCUCAAAGGCUCUGUGGACGGAAUCAAGUUCCUCUUCACACCAGAUCUGAAUGAGUUAGCUAACCCCACCACCUGGCUGGAUGCAGGCGCUCAGGUGUUCUAUUCCUUCUCGUUAGCCUUUGGAGGGCUCAUCUCCUUCUCCAGCUACAACUCAGUGCAUAAUAACUGCGAACAGGAUGCAGUGAUCAUCUCUAUCAUCAACGCCUUCACAUCAGUCUAUGCUGCUACAGUCAUAUACAGCAUCAUUGGCUUCAGAGCAACAGAGCGUUUUGAUGACUGUCUGAGUGGGAACAUUCUAGCCCUAAUGAACGCCUUUGAUCUGCCCGAGGAGAGUGUCAACACAACUAACUAUGAUGAGAUAGUGGUUCAGUACAACAGUACAAAUCCAGACAUCAUCCAAGCACUCAACCUUAAAACCUGCGACCUGAACACUUUCCUCAGUGAGGGCGUUGAGGGGACGGGUCUGGCCUUCAUUGUGUUCACUGAGGCCAUCACAAAGAUGCCAUUGUCUCCUCUGUGGUCCGUCCUAUUCUUCAUCAUGCUUUUCUGCCUGGGCUUGUCAUCCAUGUUCGGCAACAUUGAAGGGGUGUUGGUUCCUCUACAGGACCUGAAGGUUUUACCCAAGUCAUGGCCUAAAGAGCUUGUCACAGGUAUAACCUGUCUCGUUUGCUGCUUGGUGGGACUCAUAUUUGUCCAAGGAUCAGGAAAUUACUGGCUUGCCCUCUUUGACACCUUUGCGGGUUCCAUUCCAUUGCUUAUCAUUGCCUUCUGCGAGAUGAUCGGAGUGGUGUACGUAUAUGGCAUUGACAGGUUCAACGACGACUUGGUGUUCAUGAUCGGACACAAGCCCAACAUCUUCUGGCAGGUCACCUGGCGAUUCAUUAGUCCUCUCAUCAUGUUGGCCAUCCUUGUGUUCUACCUUAUCACAACGGUCAGCAAGGAUAUCUUCUACAUCGCCUGGGAUCCAGCCUCUGAUAACUUUCCCACUCUCGAGAAGAAGCCAUACCCAGAGUGGAUCUAUGUCAUCAUAUUCAUCUUGGCUGGAAUACCGAGUCUUGCUGUGCCGGGAGCAGCUCUUUUCAGGCUGAUACAAACCCGCUGCUGCAACAAGGACACAGAUGACAAAGCAGAAACGGUCAGUAGUGUUUCUUACCAGAUGGAGGACAGCCUGAAGAGGAGAGACUCAUGAAGGACUACAUGAACGCAGACACAUUUAAAGUUCAAUCAGUUAAAAACAGUAUAUAUUCACACAUCUGAUGUCCAGUUUCACUGAAAAAUGUAUGAGCAUGGAGCAUGGAGCACCAUUUUUAUUGUAUCUAAAAAAGGUUUCUUUUGAUAUCAGAAUAUUUCAUUGCUAGUGCAUGGAAUACUUUUGGAUACCAGAUCUGACAUUGCACAACAAUGACCAAACUGGUCCAAAGAGACACCACUACCAUGUCAACUAUUGUUAUCUCCUUUUAUAUUUCCCCUCUUCAUAUUUCUGC